AGUAGUUACCACCAACAAUAGGCUACUGUUCGAUAACAUGAUGUUUCUCGCGAUACGAUCGUGAUUUUUAGUAUGACAACACAUAGAGAGUGUUAUUCUGCGAUCGUGGAUCGUAAUGUCCACUUCUGUAAAGUUACACGAUAAUUGUUGAGCGUUUUUUUUCGGAAAUAAAUGAAUUCUGACAUCUAUACUUAAAUGCAUAAGAAAUGCAUAAGAAUUUGUAACUGUAUCAAGUACAUACUCAACACCUAAGUAGGCAUGUACAUACAUGUGAGCGCACUAUAUACACACAUUUGCAUUUUCGAGUAAAUGCAAGAUGACAAGUGACAUAUAAGCAACUGAAAUCUCGUACGUUUUGCAUAUGUUUAUUAAUCUUUAUACUUAAUAUUUCUUGAUCCUACCAUAUGGAAGACGUUUAAAUGCUUCAGGAAAUGUAGCAUGUAUAGCGAAUGCACUUUAUAAAAAAUAAAAAGGAAAGUACUGAACCAAGAACAAGAAUCUGCUAAUACUUUCUAACAUUGUAUAAUUGUAACUUACAAUUAUCUUUUAACUUACCAAUAAUAUCAUGCAUUUAAUAAAAGAGAAUUUUAUGAAAGGCUCGGACUAAUCAUAUUUAAAAUUUCUGUAUAACUUGGAAAAAUGGACAAUCUGUCUGAUUCAUUUAAAGGGGAGCUGGACUCCAUUACAUCAACAGACUCCUUGCAAUUAAUAACCGAUGAAUUUCAUAUCAGACAUUUAUCGACACCUGAUGUUUCCAAUAUAGAAUUGUCAAAACGUGUUGCACUAUUGGAAUUAGAAAAUGAACGGCUCAGGGUUGAUCUGGAAAAUUUACGUAUUGAACUUAAUGCCAGAAUUGCAGCAAAUGAGGGCCUGAAAGGAAAAAUUACAGACUUGUAUGUAGAAAUGCAGUUGGUGAUUCAGGAAAAACAUAAAUUACAAAAUACUCUGGCAGAUUCAAAUAAUCGUUUGGAAGCAGCACAGGCAUCUGCGAAAUGGUAUCAAUCUCAAGUGCAUGGCUUGCAAGCAAACAAGAAAACUUUACAAAUAGAGAUAGAUACUUAUCAAGGAAUACUGCAGCAAAGGCAACAAACUAUAGUAAAUAUAAGUGCUAAGUACAAACAAUUAAACAUGGAUUACAAUGAUCUUCUUCAAAAGCAUCAAAAGGAGAAGCACGAUUUGGAGUAUGAAUUACAAAAUUUGAGGACACAGAAACAAUCAAACAGUAUUACAGAAACGCUGGAUAACGUUUCAUCCUUUAGUCCUCCAGAUAUGUCGACAAAGCUAGAGUUAACAGAGGAUGAACUGCGAGAUACAAAGGCGGAGCUAAAAACAUUAGAAAAGCGUUUUUUAGGUAAUGAAGUUUCUAAAAUGUUGAUGGAAAACACUUUGACUAAGCAAAACACUUUGAUUACAACUAUGAAAGAAAGUAUGCAGAAAUGUGAAAGCGAGAAAAAUCAAACUGCUGACGUGCUACGCAAGACGCAACUCGAAAUGCAAAAGUUGAAAUCUGAAAAUGAAACAUUGCAGACUACUCUGCUUUCUUCCAAACAGGAACAAAGCCAGAUAGAAGAUGCGAUUUUCCAGUUACGACUGCAAUUAACAAAGAUGAUUGCACAGUAUAAGCUUCUGAAAUCAAAGAAUAUAGAGGCAGAAGAAAAACUAAAUUCUAUGCAAGAUGUGAUAAAUGAAAAUAAACGUUUAAAAACAUUAUCUUACGAAGCUAACAGCGCGCUGAUCAAGAGACUUAGGCAAGAAAAACGUAGAGUUAAAAGUUUAGAGAACAAGUUGUGUGGCAUACAAGCGAAAGGAUAUUUAAAUGACAUGAAAAACAAGACAGAUGUUUCCUUGCACGAGUGUCUAAAGCAAGUUCUUAUAAGAAACAAAGAUUUAAAAGAUCAAUUGAAGGCACUAACAAAAACUUCGGACGAAAGUAUCGAUGAAGGUUACGGUGAUAGUAGUUCCGUCAGUUCUAUUUCUAUAGACAUUCCAUCACCAAGUUCCAUUAAUCCAAUAUUAUUAAAUACAGCUUCCAGUGUUCUAUUGAGAAGUAAAGACUUUUGUAAACCGAUACAAAUAGAGCUCGAUCAUUUACAACUAAAGCUUAAUGAACUAAGAGAACAAUGCAUUGCAUAGUAUUACAUUCCCUUACUCAGUAUUAAUUAUUUUUGAUGGUAUGUAGUAUUAUUUCAAAUGGUAUUUAACUAAUGAAGUAUUUGGAAAUGUAUAAUAUAUGGUGAAUGGAUAAGACAAGUGUAAAAUGUCUGUUACACUUAUAUUUAAUAUAUGUAGAUGUAAACUUGAUUUUAAAUUAUUUAUUAAUUCAGUAAUUAAUAAGUGAAUCAUUAAAAGUUCAUGAAUUGUAAAUAUGUUGAAUUAUAUUAAAUAUUAUAAUUGUUACAAAUAUAAAAAUAAUAAAUCGAAAAUAUUCAUACUU